AAACAUGGCCGAUGUCCAGGCAACACCUAAUCGUUUGGCCCUGAUGUGUGAUGUCAUGGCUUAGGUGGGUCUGACCAAGCUGCAAUAAAAUAUAUCAAGAUAAGAGUGGACAACUCCUCACCCGAAAGCAAAGAGACAGAGAUACACACACACACAGAGAGAACACACUUUGAGAAGCUUUCCUUUCUGGAUACUAAGACAAGGGAGAGGUGAGCUGCUAAAGACAGAAGGAGACAAGAAGGAAAAAAGGACUGCAUACAGGGGAGAAAGACAGUGUGAGGGGUUAAAAGGUGAGAAAUAGUAACAACCAAGAAGAGUGAGAGAGAAAGAAGAAGGAAAUAAGGCCAAAGUGAGAGUCUGAGAUAGGGAAAGAGAAGAAAAUAAAUAAAGAGACUGAGAAAGGAGCGUGAGAGAAAGAGGAGUGCCAUCUUAAUCCUAAGUGAGACUUAAUUGUAGUGCGGUGCGAUGGCGUCGUUCGCUCUGGAGCUAGUGGGUGUGAGCCUGUCCGUGCUGGGCUGGAUACUGAGCGUAGUGAGCUGUGCUCUGCCCAUGUGGAGGGUCUCAGCCUUCAUCGGAGCCAACAUCGUCACAGCCCAGGUCUACUGGGAAGGUUUAUGGAUGAGCUGUGUGGUUCAGAGCACAGGCCAGAUGCAGUGUAAGGUUUACGACUCCAUGCUGGCCUUGCCCCAGGACCUGCAGGCUGCCAGAGCUCUGUCUAUGGCCACCAUCAUCCUGGGGGUCUUAGCUCUCCUCGUGGCGACCAUCGGAGCCAAGUGUACCAACUGCAUCGAGGAGGAGGGAGUGAAGGCCAAGGUGGUGUUGUCCGCCGGAGCUGCCUUUAUCCUAGCUUCGCUGGUCCAGCUGGUGCCUGUGUCCUGGUCAGCCCACAUCAUCAUCCUGGAGUUCUACAACCCUAUCAUCCCAUCGGCACAGAAGAUGGAGAUCGGGGCAGCGCUGUACCUGGGCUGGGCCGCGGCCGCAUUGCUGCUGCUGGGGGGGGCUAUCCUCUGCUGCAGCUGCCCUCCUCAGGAAGACAAACCAAUGACAAGGUACUCAAUCCCUCCCCAAAGCCGGAUGGCGUAUUCCGCUGCUCCAAGGUCCAUGGCCCCCAGCUCCUACAACAGGAAAGACUAUGUGUGAGAAAAGGAGGGGAGGGGGGGGGGGGGGGGGGGGUGUUCAACAUGUCGGUUUAUUUGUGGGUUUCUUGAGAAUAUAACGGAGUGUUUCAACAGUUUGUUUAAAUAUACCAGGACCAUGGGCAAAUUAUUUUACUCAUCCUUGCCUUCAUGGAAAGGGGGAUGUAUCGACCACAGGGCGGCUUAAGGUGACAAGAGCUCAUUAAUCAAGUUGACUCUUUUUCCUCUGAGACUGAAAAAAAGUCCACCAAAACAAGAUGUAUGUUGUUUUAUACUUCUGUCUGGUUUACUAUCAGUUGUCAGGCACUCAACAUAACUGAGUGCUUUUUAUUGGCAAUGAGUCACAUUCCCAGAGGAAGUAACUACAAUAACUCCAGUUAAUAAUUUCUUAUACAGUUUGUUAUGACCACAAUUAUUACAAGAUACAGUAUAUUAUACUGCAUCUUGACUACGCAUGUCAUUAUAUAAUAGAUAUUCUGAUAAAAAAAAACGUCAUGGCAAGUUGACCUACAGCUGAACUUAAUGUUUAUAUCAUAUUUAUCUGAACUUUUUUGUUUUUGUUUGCUAUUCUUCGUUGUAGUGGUUUGAAUCACUCAUUUCCAAAUGUUACAUGGAAUAUGUGAAACCUUUGGGUUUUGUACUGUUGUGAGAAGAAGAGGUAGGACAUUGCAAAGCUUGUAUUGUAUUGUAAAUAACUGUUGUGUAUACAGUUUGCAGAAAACUAUUUCCUUCAGUGGAUAAAUAGGUUAUGUGUCCAAUCAAUCCAACAGACGUUCCAACAAAGCAAGAUACUUGCAGUAGGACUAGGAAAAUAGAUAAAUAUAUUUUAUGAUACAUAAAUACCAAAAUAUACUGUGCAGGGUUACUGGGGCUCAACCAAACAGUCUGGUCAACAGCCAUAAACUAUGAAGAACAACGAGCAUUGACAGUAGAGACAUUGUUGGGAUGGAAGCAAAUCUUCUCCCCAUAGAGUAACCCUGUUUUUAAAAAACGGCUCAUAAAGAAGUUUGGAAUAUGAAUCUGUUUUUGUUGUAGACAGCCAAUCUGGGCUCUGUUUUAUAUUGUAAAUUAUUUUGAAAUAGAUAACCUUUCGAUGGUACGUGUAAGUGUUACUACUGUAGUGUAAAUGGUCGACCUCUGCCUGACAAUAUUGUGUUUUCAGUUUGAUUAAUAAAUAUCAGUGUACAGUUACAGCCAAAUAUAUUGGCACCCUUGCAUGUUUCUUAAAAAAUUACCUACAAACUUUUGGUCUCCACACCUUACUGGAUUUUCAACAUUGCAGAACUAAUUAUAUUUUGGUAAACUUAAGGUUACAAUUUUGAAGUAGAAAAUAAAGACAAAUGGCAUUGAUAAAAUUGUCACCCCGGAACUAUUACUUGGUUUGCAAAUCCUUUGGCGAAGAUAACUGCCAACAAAUGCUUUCUUUUAACCAUCAAUACUGUAAUGGGUGUCGUCGUCUGAUGAGGAAGAAUCAGACUUUUUUUUUGGACUUUUAUUUAAACUGAACACUAAAACAAAGUGCAAACCGAAACAGUCCUGUCAGGUGCAGAAAACACCAAACAGAAAAUAACUACCCACAAACAUAGGUGGGAAAAAGCUACCUAAGUAUGGUUCCCAAUCAGAGACAACGAUAGUCAGCUGUCCCUGAUUGAGAACCAUACCUGGCCAAAACAAAGAAAUACUAAAAAUAGAAAAAGGAAAAUUGAAUGCCCACCCCAAAUCACACCCUGACCAAACCAAAAUAGAGACAUAAAAAGCUCUCUAAGGUCAGGGUGUGACAAAUACGCUUGCUGCACCUUUCUACUGGCAAUUUGUCCCACUCUUCAGCAAACUGUAGCAGUAAACUGCUCUAAUUCUUCAUUGUUUGAGGGGUGCCCUCCACCAAAUGCUGUUUUGCACUCUCACCAUAGGUAACGAUGUGAUUCAGAUCUGGACUCUUCACUGGCCAUUCCAAAACAGUCCAGCGUUUCUUCUUCAUCCAUUUCAGGGUGCUUUUUAUGUGAGUUUGGGAUUGUUGUCCUACUCGAAGACUCACAACCUUCAAAAGAGACAGUUUUUGGACACUGGGUCGAACAUUGCACUCCAAAACACCUUGAUAAUUUGCUAAUUUCAUGACGUCUUGCGCACAUUCAAGGCCCCGACGUCUUGCGCACAUUCAAGGCCCCAAGCCCCAAUUACCAGAGGCAGCAAAGCAACCUCACAGCAUUAUUGAACCUCCCCACAUACGUUAUUGUGUAGAGGGUGAUCAUUUCUUUGAACACUUCUUUUGGUCGUUGGUAAAAAUAGGAACACCCCACCGCUGAAGGAGACACAAGAAAGCCUGAUUGAACUCAAAAAUCCACCUAAACAAGUUAAAUACUUGGGUAAAUGUUAUGUGGACCAAUGAAACCAAAUUAGAGCUCUUUGGCAAUACAGAUCAACACUGUGUUUACUGAUGACCAAAUGAAGCAUUCAAAGAAAAGAACACCCUCCCUGUAGUCAAAGAUGGUAGAGGUUUGAUAGUGCUGUGGGGUUGCUUUUCUGCCUCUGGUACUGGGGGCCUUGAAUGUGCGCAAGGCAUCAUGAGAUCAACAGAUUAUCAUGUGUUUUGUAGUCAAAUGCUCAACCCAGUGUCCACAAACUGGGUCUCCAUUGAAGGUUGUGGGUCUUCCAGCAGGACAAUGACCUCAAACACACAUGAAAAAGCAUCCAUGUCACGCCCUGGUCUUAGUAUUUUGUGUUUUCUUUAUUAUUUUGGUCAG